UAAAAAGUCAAGCGAAAAAGUCAACUUACCUAACACACCUAUUAGGGGUUAUCCCGUCAAAAAGCAAAAUAAGAGUCAAACGGGUGAUAUGCCGUGAACCAAACACCCCUGCUACUCUUGGAUGAGUCAUGAGUGGAUCUUCGCGAUUGAAUUCGAGCGCAGGUGGUUAGCUGGUUUCAGCCUUCCGUUAAUCCCUAAUCGCGACUAAAUUUCUCUAUGCCGGUGGUUCCAGCGAAGGCCCAUAAAAGUAUGGCUCCUCCAUCAAAGAAAGGCAAGACCAAAGGUAACUCAGCCACCGAGUCAACUCAGUGUAUGCCUCCUUCCGCUUCCAAAUACCCGGCUUGCAUCCGCGUCGUUGCCCCGUCUUCCGUGUCAAUAACCAUCCACGCCAAGCCCGGCUCCAAAAUUGCCACCAUUACUGAUUUGAGCGGCGAAGCUGUUGGAAUCCAAAUUGAUGCUCCAGCAAAAGAUGGCGAAGCAAAUGCUGCUCUUAUUGACUAUAUUAGCUCAGUUCUUGGAGUAAAACGAAGGCAAGUUUGCAUACGUUCUGGGUCAAAGUGUAGGGAUAAGGUAGUUAUUGUGGAAGAAGUGGAUAUACAGACUGUGUUUGAUGCACUGGACAGAGCUUUGAAGAGUCACUGUUAGGGGAGCAGAAUGAUAUGCUUGUGAUGUUAUGUAGUAUAUGUGUGCAUAUCAGUAUAUUGAACCAACGUAUGUCUAUUUAUAAGUUCAAGCUUGUUACGCUUUUAUUCGAUUUUUUGCCUCUUUUAAUCCACACAAGGUUUUGUUUAUUGACACUUUUGACACUCGACUCUCAGUUUUACCAAAGAAAAAAGAUGUGACCCUAAAAAAAUUGAGUAAAUGGUCAUCAAUAUUUUUAACUUUAUAUAUACAAUAUCGGU